AUGGCCACCGACUACAGCUCGUUGAAGGUUCCCGAGCUCAAGAAGCUCCUCCAGGAGAGAAGCCUUCCCGCAACAGGCAACAAGCUCGACCUGGUCAAUCGCCUCAAGGAGAACGAUGCGCAAUCCGCGCCCGCCGCCGCCGAGGAGGAUGAAAUCGAUUAUAGUGACGACGAGCCUACCGUGCCCACCAAGGCCGCCGAAGCCCCCAAGCCCGCCGCUGAAGCUGCCCCUGCUCCUGAGGAACCCAAGCCUGCCGCUUCUCCUGCUGUAGCUGAACCUACCGCCCCCACCACUGAAGCCGCGCCUGCGCCUACUGCUGAGACUACCGCGGAAGAGGAGAAGAAGACAGGGGAGACUGCAGAGGCUGCCGAGGCCGCGCCAAAGGAGGACUUUGCGCUCAACCUGGAUGCGACCGACGCCGCAGCGGAAGCCAAGAAGCGCGCCGACCGCGCUAAGCGAUUCGGCAUCGACGAGGAUGAGGAGGCCAAGAAGAAGGCCGACCGCGCGAAGAAGUUUGGCGUCGAGGUUGGUAGCGUCGCCGGUCUCGACUCUGCGCUUCCCGAGAGACGUCCCAAGCGCGGCCGUCCUGAGCGCUCCGAUGAGCAGCCCGGGCGCGAUGCCAAGCGACAGAGCACCGAUGGUCGUGGACCCCGCGGUCGCGGCGGCAGGAACAACAGAGAUGGAGGACGUCCCGGGGGCCGCCGCCAAGGUGGCGGUCGCGAGGGCGGCGGCGAACGCGAGACCAGGCGCAGCGCUGCCAUCGACCCUGCCGAGAAGGCGAGACAGGAAGCGAGAGCGAAGCGCUUUGCCAACUAG